GAAUAUUUCAAAAUGGCUUCAUGGGAGACCAGUGCUGCUGUGGUAUCUGAUUGUUCUAAUGUAAACAACAGUCUAUCAAAUUCAAAUGCUGGUAAUUCAGUUAAUGGCAGUAGUGCUUCUACCACUGCCUCAACUACCAAUCAGAGCCAAGCCAGUCAGGUUGCUCGUAAUAGUAGCAUUCUUCAUAACAUUCUCAGGAUCCAGCAAAGGAAGUCAGCCAAUCGGCUGUUGCCAAAAGAGAAAAAGUUGGAGAAAUUGGCAAGCUAUUCCUUGUGUAAAGCUGAUGAAUCCUGCAAGUGUACUGGUUUUAAGAACUGUCCCAGCAACAUAGCUGCGGCAUCAAGCCAGGCAGCAGCGGCUGCUGCACUCAAGGAGCCCCUGCCACUUACCACCCCGUGCACAACCUGCUCUCAUACCAUAGCUGACCACUCUUCGUACUUGAGUCACCUGGAUAACUCGGAGCUUGAUCGCUUACUGUCGAUUGUGACAGACAUAGAAAAUGUUUACUUCAUGGCCAACAGAGAAGAAGACACUGACACUCGCAGUGUUUAUGUAUUUCUGUUCAAGCUCUUCAGAAAGUGUGUUGUUCAGACACAACAUCAUCCAGUUAUUGAGGGACCACUUGGCAAGCCUCCUUUUGAGAGACCUACCAUAGCCAAAGCUGUGUCUAAUUUUGUGCAGUACAAGUUCUCACACCUACAGCCCAAGGAGCUUCAGGCAAUGUAUGACCUUGCUAAGAUGUUUCUGCAUUGCAUCAACCACUGGAAGCUUGAGACUCCCACGCUGCACUAUGCCCAUUCUCCUCCAUCUCCUUUAGAAGACACUACCAAUAGCUACAAAGUCAACUACAUGAGGUGGCUGUGCUACAUCUACGUGCCACAGAUCUGUGACUCUCUUCCACAUUAUGAGCUUUGUUCAACAUUUGGCCGCACCUUCCUACGCAGCGUGUUCAGUACUCUUCGCAAGCAGCUCAUGGAGAAGUUUCGUAGUGAUCGAGUUACUGAGGACAAACACGACUUACUCAUGCACAAAUUCCCCAAGUUCUUAUCAAUGCUGGAAGAGGAGCUCGUGAAAGACAACUCGCCCAUGUGGGACAUGGAGUUUGUUCCACCGCCGACCUUUGCCCGCCCCUACACGACGGAAUACAAAGGCUCAACCGAGGCUGAACGCGUGGCUGCGUUGUCAGAGAGCUCGCUUUUCCACAUCCCUCCUACAAAGAAAAGAGAGAAGCGGGAGAGUGAAGGAGAAGCUGGUGGCUCGAGCAGCAAGAGGAUGCGUGGAGAUGAGGGUGAUGGAGAGGACAGUCCUCCACAGGACCUCCCUGAGGAGAAGGUGGCUGAGGUGCUCGCCUCCAUCAUGGACCCCAGGAAGACCCUGGGGCCUGAGGUGCUCUUCUCGGAGAACUCCGCUAGAGACGAGGCUGCUAAGCUUGAGGAGCAGAAGGGCGGUAUUUCGUUCCACGUGAUAGGCAACUCCCUGACCCAGAAGGUCUCCAAGAAGACGAUGCUCUGGCUCAUUGGUCUGCAGAACGUCUUCUCGCACCAGCUGCCCCGCAUGCCCAAGGAGUACAUCACUCGGCUCGUUUUCGACCAUAAACACAGGACGCUGGUGCUGGUGAAGGACCACCAGCCAAUAGGCGGCAUCUGCUUCAGGCUCUUCAAGAAGCAAGGCUUCUCUGAGAUCGUCUUCUGCGCCGUCACCUCCAACGAGCAGGUUAAAGGCUACGGCACUCACAUGAUGAACCACCUCAAGGACUUCCACGUGAAGCACAAUGUUCUUCACUUCCUCACUUUUGCUGAUGAAUUUGCUAUUGGCUACUUCAAGAAGCAGGGCUUCAGCAAGGACAUCCACCUACCACGCGCUGUGUACCAGGGCUACAUUAAAGACUACGAGGGGGCCACACUGAUGGGCUGUGAGCUGCACCCCAGCAUCGUCUACACUGAGUUUACUGCAGUCAUACGCAGGCAGAAAGAGAUCAUAAAAAAGCUCAUCGAACAGAAACAAAGCGAAAUCCGAUGUGUGCACAAAGGUCUGAAAUGCUUUGGUGAAGGAGUGAAGAGCAUCCCCAUCUCCAGCAUACCUGGGAUCAGAGAGGCAGGCUGGCGACCUCCACCUCCCCAGCAGAAGAAACCUCCUCAGGAACAAUGUGAUUUUGCCAACGACGCUGACUAUCUCUAUGGCCUUUUCAAAACAAUUCUCAACCAUGUGAAGAGUCACGGAUCCGCUUGGCCGUUCCUGCAAGCAGUUGACCGCAACGAAGUACCUGACUACUACGACCAUAUCAAGUACCCCAUGGACCUGAAAACCAUGACCGAGCGGCACAAAGCCAAGUACUACCACAGCGUACGGCUGUUCCAUGCAGACAUGAUGCGCAUCUUCAACAACUGUCGCUUUUAUAACCACCCAGACACCGAGUAUUUCAAGUGCGCCUCUGCGCUCGAGAAAUACUACAAACAUAAAAUAAAAGAAACAAAACUGCUCGAUUGAUCUGAGCUUAACGAUGGAGAUGAAGAGUCGUGUUCUAGCGCUCAGAACGUCAAGGUAAUUUCAGGCGUCGGUGAUGCCGGUGUCGCGGACAGCGGUGAAAAUAUUCUACGAGCCUCUGACAAACUGAUUGAAAAUUCUACAUCUUCCAGUGACGAUGAAUAGGAUUUGAAAAUGAAAGUUCUUGGUUGUCUUCAAUCGAAAAUGUACAUUUAGACUUAGUUUACGGAGAAUUUUUUUCUCUUUCAGGGAAGCUGUAACAAUUUAUUAGAUUUCCAAUAUCAACUGGAAAAGAAACGGUUCUGCUCGUUGUAGCGCAAAACCGUGGCAAUAAUUUAUACAUAUAGUAUCGAGUGCGAGGGAGCUUAUAGUUACUUAUUAUAAGGAUUAUUAUAUAGAGGAACAUGAUCAGGUUCAUGCUUCUACACACGUUCACUAUUAUUUCGUAAUCGUGGACCUUUUUUAUAAUGUCGCACAAGAAAGAUCUCGUGCUUCAUUGCGUGCUCAUGCUCCAGCUUAUUCUAACGGCAGAGUAUAGAAAUACAUAUAGAGUGUAGAAAUCUAUACUCUGCCGUCUAGAAAAAAAUGUCUCGUGUUGUUCUCCGACCUCGAAUUGUUAGGAUUUAGCUCCAUUGGAUGCAUCACAGAUGGGCGUCCUGCAUCCAGUCAAGACAGCUCUCGAAUAGAUGUCUGGCGCUCUUAAGAUGACUGGCGCUCUUAUAUUUUGGGCGCUCUUAAGGUGACUGGCGCUCUUAAGAUGACUGGCGCUCUUAUACUUUGGGCGCUCUUAUGUUUUGGGCGCUCUUAAGAUGACUGGCGCUCUUAUACUUUGGGCGCUCUUAAGGUGACUGGCGCUCUUAUAUUUUGGGCGCUCUUAAGA